GGAACGGGGCGCGCUUUAAAACUCCAGGUCCUGGAAGGGAGGGGAGACACCUUCUGGGGGAUGAGGCAGAAGCCAGGCAAGGUCCUGAGUGGGCUUCAGGAGAGAAGAGUCUCCAGAGCAGAGGGCACCGUCUCCAAGGGGGGACAACAGUAGCUUGUCCAGGGCCUGGGUGACAGUACAAGGACCCCGGAGGGAAGAUCACCAGGGACCCUGAAUUGUGGGGAGUCGGGCCUUGUCCAGGGCAGGUUUUUGAGGGCCAUAGCUAGAGACCCAGCUUCCAGAGCCCUGGGAGGGAGAUGAGCGUUUAAGCAAUGGCUCUCGACCCAGAGAUCUGGGUUUGAAUUCUGCACGGCCACUUUUGAUGCAAGCUUCAGCUCCUUUCUGAACACCUCUGAGCCUCAGUUUCUCCUGUAAAAUGGGGAUGGUACCGAUAACAGUUGAAACGUAAAUGGAGGCAGUCGGCUUCUUGGGGUGAGCAAGCACUAACUGAGAAAGUUCUUAGCGUGGGUGUGGCACAGAGCGAGCUCAAGGCUAACAGCAGAGAUGAAGGCAGCUGUUCCAGGCAGGGGAGUGGGGCUGGCCCGUGCGGUCUAAGCCAAGUGGAGAGGCCCGAAGGCCGGGGGACCCAGCUGGGGAGCAGUGGGACCGACUUGUGGGGGAUCCCACAGAGGAACAGGGAGGCAGCUGGAGCUUGGAGGGGGUUCCACAGCCAGAUCCGAGGGACCAGGAGGGGGCAGGAUUGACUCCUCAGUUUGAAGUAAGGCUAGGAUUAUGAACUGGGUUCCGGAAGAGAACUGGGCUUGAGACCAGGAUCCUGGGACACCACCAGCCUCGCGGCUCACACACAGCAUGGACCUGCACACGAUGACACAGUCGCUGGUGACUCUGGCGGAAGACAACAUGGCCUUCUUCUCGAGCCAGGGCCCCGGGGAGACAGCACGACGGCUGUCGGGCGUCUUCGCGGGGGUUCGGGAGCAGGCGCUGGGGCUGGAGCCGGCCCUGUGCCGCCUGCUGAGCGUGGCGCACCUCUUCGACCUGGACGCCGAGACGCCGGCCAACGGGUACCGCAGCCUGGUGCACACAGCCCGCUGCUGCCUGGCGCACCUGCUGCACAAGUCCCGCUACGUGGCCUCCAACCGCCGGAGCAUCUUCUUCCGCACCAGCCACAACCUGGCGGAACUCGAGGCCUACCUGGCCGCCCUCACCCAGCUCCGUGCCCUAGCCUACUAUGCCCAGCACCUGCUGGCCACCAACCAGCCCGGGGGGCUCUUCUUCGACGGCGACGAGGGGCUCAUUGUUGAGUUCCUGCGCGAGUACGUCACUCUGCACAAAGGCUGCUUCUACGGCCGCUGUCUGGGCUUCCAGUUCACGCCCGCCAUCCGGCCGUUCCUGCAGACCAUCUCCAUCGGGCUGGUGUCCUUCGGAGAGCACUACAAGCGCAAUGAAACAGGCCUUGGUGUGGCCGCCAGUUCGCUCUUCACAAGCGGCCGCUUCGCCAUCGACCCAGAGCUGCGUGGCACGGAGUUUGAGCGGAUCAUACAGAACCUAGAUGUGCACUUCUGGAAAGCCUUCUGGAAUAUCACCGAGAUUGAGGUGCUAUCGUCUCUAGCAAACAUGACAUCAGCUACUGUGAGGGUAAGCCGCCUGCUCAGUCUGCCACCAGAGGCCUUUGAAAUGCCGCUGACUGCUGACCCCAAGCUCACGGUCACCAUCUCACCCCCUCUGGCCCACUCGGGCCCCGGGCCGGUCCUCGUCAGGCUCAUCUCCUAUGACCUGCGUGAAGGACAGGACAGUGAGUCGCUCAGCAGCCUGGUGAAGUCCGAGGGGCCCCGGAGCCUGGAGCUGCGGCCACGCCCCCAGCAGGCACCCCGCUCACAGUCCCUGGUGGUGCACAUCCAUGGCGGUGGCUUCGUGGCCCAGACCUCCAAAUCCCAUGAGCCCUACCUCAAGAGCUGGGCCCAGGAGCUGGGCGUCCCCAUCCUCUCCAUCGACUACUCCCUGGCCCCCGAGGCCCCCUUCCCCCGAGCGCUGGAGGAGUGCUUCUACGCUUACUGCUGGGCUGUCAAGCACUGUGCCCUCCUCGGCUCAACAGGGGAACGGAUCUGCCUCGCAGGGGACAGCGCAGGCGGGAACCUCUGCUUCACCGUGUCCCUCCGGGCAGCAGCCUACGGGGUGCGGGUGCCAGAUGGCAUCAUGGCAGCUUACCCGGCCACCAUGCUACAAUCUACCUCCUCGCCCUCCCGCCUCCUGAGCCUCAUGGACCCCCUGCUGCCCCUCAGCGUGCUCACCAAGUGUGUCAGCGCUUAUGCUGGUGGAGAGACAGAGGAGCACUCGGACUCGGACCAGAAGGCACUGGGCAUGAUGGGGCUGGUGCGGCGGGACACAGCCCUGCUCUUCCGAGACCUCCGCGUGGGCGCCUCCUCGUGGCUCCACUCCUUCCUGGACCUGAGUGGGCACAAGUCCCACACGAGCUCAGUGCCCACGGCAGAGUCAAUGCGGCGCAGCGUGUCCGAGGCAGCCCUGGCCCAGCCCGAGGGCCCGCUGGGCACGGACUCCCUCAAGAGCCUGACCCUACACGACCUGAGCCUAAGGGGCAGCUCUGAAACGUCAAAAACCCCGGAGCUGUCCAUGUCUGCGGAGACACUUGGCCCCUCCACGCCCUCCGACGUCAACUUCUUGGUUGGCCCAGACGACGCACCCGAGGCCGCUAAGGCACAGGAGGAGCUGAGCACCAAGGACAGAGGCUGCGGCUUGCGCUCCUCCUUCCCUGACGGUUUCCACCCCAGGCGCUCCAGCCAGGGCACCACCCGGAUGCCCUUCUGCUCCUCGCCCAUCGUCAAGAACCCCUUCAUGUCGCCGCUGCUGGCGUCUGACAGCAUGCUACAGAGCCUGCCGCCCGUGCACAUUGUGGCCUGCGCGCUGGACCCCAUGCUGGACGACUCGGUCAUGUUCGCGCGGCGGCUGCGCGGCCUCGGCAAGCCCGUGACGCUGCGCGUGGUGGAGGACCUGCCGCACGGCUUCCUGAGCCUGGCGACGCUGUGCCGCGAAACACGGCAGGCGGCCGCGCAGUGCGUGGAGUGCAUCCGCCUCAUCCUCGCUCAGCCCGCCCCGCCCGCAGCGCCGCCGGUCUGAGCCCCGGCCCGGGCCGGGCCGCGCGGGCAGCUGGGGCUGCGGGGGGCGACACUAAAGGCCUCUUGUUCCCAUCUGAGCCGGCCUCCGUGGUGAAUGCGCCCCGGGUUAGGCGGCGGGGACGUCCCCCCCCCAGUCGAGGGGCUCCCGGUCCCCUCCAGCCCUUCCGUCGGGCCGGGCGCGCGAGGGGCAGUAUGUGCCUUAAGGUGGGAGGACGGCUGGGGGGGAGGGGCGGGGGCCCAAAGCCGAGACCCUGCCCUGAGGGGUGGGGGGCGCGCACCAACCAGUCUCCGUAGACAGCUGGAGCUGCACUCCAUCAUCGCCUUCUACUGCUGCUGUGACCGCCGCAGGGUGGGGGCCUGGCCCUACCCGCCAAGACGGUUUGUUUUUGUUCCUUUGUAAAUAAAAGUAUUUAAUUA